AUAUAUUUGGCUAUAUAAAGUCUCUUCUGUAACACAAAUUUCCCAAGUUAAAAAACACCCAGACCUUGUUGUUUAGUGGGAGCUAAGAUGGCAUCUUCAGGAGUUGAGGAUGAGGAGAAGUAUCGUUCCUACUUACAUGGAGAAGGGGAGAGGAACACCAAAUGGAAGUAUGGUGCUCCUCCUAACUAUGAUGUUGUUAACAAGCUUUUUGAAGAAGGAAGAACCAAGAUAUGGCCUUCUGGGUCACUUGAAGAAAAAGUGCAGAACCUUGUAAAGACAUGGGAAAUGGAGAUGUUCCACAAAGUAUGCUCUGAUGACUACAAAUCAGUUGAUCCAAAGAAGUAUACUUUCAGCCUAAAUGGAAGGAAGGCUUUAACUAUAGAAGAAAAGCGUAAGCUUGGGGGAGGCUACAAUUCCUUUCUCCAAACCUCCUUGCCAGAGAAAUUUCGUAUCUACAACCCUGCAGAAGAAACAGCUGAUUCAUCUCAUACGGCUUUCACAUCAGCUUUCCCUCGUGGGCUUGCUCUGGAGAUUCUCCAUGUUUAUUCAGGGCCACCAGUGAUUGUGUACAAAUUCAGGCACUGGGGUUUCAUGGAGGGUCCUUUCAAAGGCCAUGAACCAACAGGAGAAAUCGUUGAGCUCUUUGGGAUGUCUGUUUUUGAGUUGGACGAACAAGAGAAAAUUGUGAAGGUCGAGUUCUUCCUUGACCGUGGAGAGCUGCUAGGAGGUCUUACCAAAGGUGCUAGCUUGGAUGGAUCCACUGAAGAGGCCGCUUCAAGCUGCCCCUUCUUGAGGAACACAGGGUAGCUAAUCAUAUCCUGAAUUGUGUAACAAAAGCUCAUACUUGCAUUACAAUGUGAAUAAGCCUCGCUCUGUCAGGCAUAAACUCUGUUUUUAAUGUUUUCAUAUCUAAUUUCACUACUUUCACUUGAGUUCAUUUU